AUGAGCACCGAUCCGCUCCCUCCCGAGCCUCUCGAAGUCCAAGCCGCACGCCAGGUCCGCAUUGAUAGCGACAUAAUCAAACUUUGCUGCAAGCCUAAACCUCCGUACACCAUACCGACAGUCCACGGUAUCGGGCUGUACACGCAUGUAGCAGGUCCCAAGAUUGUACAACAAAACCCGCACGGCAUCUAUGCCGAUAGAGACGAUGGCGAGGUUGCUUUGCUACCGCUCGGUGGCCCUCACAAGAUCUUACCCAGCAAAUCACUAAACAAGGAGGUAGCAGCGAUUUACAAAAAGUUACAAGAUGCCGUUCAGGCCGAAGAGAAGAUAUGGAACGACAUGAGGGCUGCUGCUGAAGCCAAGGGUGAAGCUGCCAAAGACGCAUACAAGAUGAGCCUCGAGACUCUCAAGAAGAAAUACGGCGAUAUCAACACACCAACAUCAGAGAGCGCAAAGCUACAGCAAGACCACUCGCAACAAAACAAGCGGAGACUCUCUGAAGCAGUGGGCAGUGGAACGGACGAGGUACUGAAGAGGAGAAGAGUCAGCUUUGCUCAGCACUCAGAGGCUCGACAGCAAAGUACUGAUGUAUCUAUGGGCGGAACAGGUACGCAUGAGGAGAAGCAAGAACGUGCGAGCAAGGCCGGUAAUAUGUACGAGGCCUAUCGAGACCCACGAAGACAAGGGCGCUGA